CCAGUGGCUCAAACAAAGCAUGGGCGCCUGCAGUUGUCACCAGUGGCUCAUUGUGAAUUUCAAACGUGGCAAGCUGGAGGUUCACAACACUUCAGAAGGAGUUGCCAGGGUUCGGGACUGCUUGCAGGCAACAGAACUCCAGCACUUCAUGGCCUCGUCUGCUGCGGUUGAAUUACCAUCCGUUGAGCCUCCAGCACCGCUGGAGGACUUGCUGGGGACAUGGAUCGAUAGCACAAGGAGUGUGGCUUUGAUCAUUAAGAUGUCUGGCAGCGGCCUUUGCGAAGUCGAAGAAAGGAGGAUAGUGGAUGGAUCCCUGAUCGCAUCAGGCGAGCUCCAUACAGGUUCAGACUCGCAGGGUUGGAGAGUGUGGGACAGGAUGAACUAUGGCGUCAGCGACCUGGACUUUCCGGAACGUUUCCGAAUCAGUGAUGCAGAUCAUGAUUUGCUUGAAUAUCAGCUUCUUGAGACGUGGGGUGAUUGGGAUGAUUGUGACGAAGCCUUCCGCCGUUGUUUCGACGAGGUGAUCCUCCACAAGGUCUCGCCGGCAAAGACACCUUCAGUGGCAGAUGUCGAAGCUCACCCUGUGCAGCUUGCCCAUCUCUCGUCGGAGGUGGCUCUGGUGGGAUCUGGCGAUGGGCAUGUAUACCUCCUGGAAUCUGGAUCCACAUUGUGGAGCAGGCACCUUCAUGAAUGGCUGCCCACUCGCAUGAACUACGGAGUGAAUGUUGAGGCUUUCUCACCUGAUGGCAUUCAUUGCUUUCUAGGGACCACAGCUGGCAAGCGUCGAGCUCUCGAGCCAGAAACAGGUGGCUAUGUCAUUUGCUUCGGUGCGACUGGCAGCGAGCUCAUGUGGUGCUGGGAUGCAGAGUCUCUCCAGAAUCCAAGUGCUUUGGAUGCCAAGGUCUUGAGUGUAUCGCCGGACGGGCAUUCUGUAGCAGUAGGUUGGAAUCGGAUUCCGUUUCUUGGCUUUGAUGGCAUGGAGUUUCCAUUAGGAGAUGACUAUCUUGUCUACCUGCGAAUGUAUGGUGACGGGACAAGAGUGGAACCUGUAUGGAUUGAGCCUCAGAAUGAGCGCGUUGUUGCCUUGGCUCAUUCUCCUCACUCUGUGUAUUUGGCUGUUUGCUUCGGAUCCAAACACUUGUACCGAGAUGAGAUAGCUUGCAUUUCAACCACAUCCGGACAGGUGAUUUGGCAGUGCCCGAUGCCAGGACAGAGGCUGAAUCGCCACAACAUCGCGGCAGGCAAGAUACAGUUUUCCCCAGGCGGCCGCUUCAUCGCAUGCGCUGCCUGGGGCCACUCAAGUGAACAAAACGAUGAUUUCCCUGGGUCGAAAGUUGCUGAAGUUGAUGAUGAUGACGUGUGUACUGUUACAUACAUUGCAAUUGAGUCUGGGCAAGUGAUCUGGCGAUCCAAGCCCAUUCAGGAUUGUGGUGUGCACUCCAUUCAGCUGACCUGUUCGCCUGACGGCCGCAGCCUUCUAGUUGCGUGCGAGCUUGUUGGUGAGGACCAACAAGAAGAGACCUGCAAAUGCGCUGUUGUCCGCUUGGAUGCUAGGACUGGAAAUCCCAUCCGGAAAGCGACAUGCAGCUUUCCAGACACUUUGCGGGUCCUGUGUCUGAAAGAAUGCUCAGACUUGCAGGUUGCAGUUGCAGUGGAUGCUUGGGAAGGCGACGCCACUGCGGCCAAAGUCUUUCGCAUUGGGAUGUGCGGCCCGCCGGCAGACUGGAUUGGACAUGGUGGUGCAGUCAAAGACUAUAUGUUUGGCCAUCAACACUGGCCAGCAGCGGUUGCCCCAGAGUUGCUGUGGAUGAGCGUCCUGCUAGAGGUGAAGCACAACUUGACGAGCUUUGCCUUCAAGCCAGAAUUGCGAGCGAACCGCAUUCAAGAAGUGGAGGUCAGGCAUGAUGAUGCACACGAGGACGAAGAACUUGCACAUGGGGCAAGUGCUGCCGAAGCUGCUAAUCACCCUAAUGAGCCCCCAUCUUCAAAGCGAAGAAGCCAUCAUCAACGCCAGCGCAAAAAGAAGUACCUGGCCAGCGUUCAGCUUCCAACUCCCUCCUCUUUGGACUAGAAGUUGGAGGGCGCAGCACUGAGUUUAGCUCAUGAUGGUGCGUGUGGAGCGUCUUCGCUUUGCAGUUUGGACACAAUUUUGAGACCAUACCCUGGACACAAAACGUGUCAAUGUUCCCUGCAUGAUAGUCCUCGGAAGUGUGCACUCUUGGUUCGUGCCCAGUAUUUCUGGUGCGCGGUCAAGAGGUGUGCCUGAGGAACUUGCACGUGCUUGCUGGUGUGCGGCUUUAAUUUGUGCCCAGGUCUGCUCAGUCCAUGUCUGCAGCAUGCCCGUGGUGUGCGAUUAGAGUUCGUGCCCUGAGCAUGGACAGGGUGCGGGUAGAAAGGUGGAAGUUCGUCUGCUUACACAGCCACCAGGACCAGAAUAUGCAUGCUCCUUGAUGCUUGCAGUUUCUUGAAUAGAAAGCUGCCCUGCAGAUUUCUA